AUGUCUCGUGCACAUCCCACCGAACUUGACCCAUUGGUCGACGAAUUCCAGCACCUGUCGGAAAAGAGGCGGCCGGCUGAAGCCUUGCUCAUGCUGAGGAAAAUCGCCUCCACGGUGAAGCCCAUUAUGCGUCUUCGCAACUGGAGGGUCGGUGUACUGUGCGAAUUCUACCCCUCGGAAGCCAAUCUUCUCGGGUUAAACAUCAAUCGCGGGGAAAAGAUCUGUCUUCGCCUCCGCUAUCCUGGAGAUGAUACUCAGUUCCUCCCCUUUGAAAACGUUGUCGACACGAUGCUUCACGAGCUAGCACAUAUCGUCCAUGGUCCCCACGACCAAGCUUUCAAUGUUUUAUGGGACAAGCUUCGGGACGAGCAUGAGGCCUUGGCCAGAAAGGGAUACACGGGCGAAGGGUUCUUGGGCAAAGGCAACGUCCUGGGUGGAAAACGAAUCCCCAUGUCUGAAAUCAAACGACAGGCCCGGGCGGCAGCAGAGAGACGACGCGAUCUCACAAAGGGAAGCGGACAAAAGCUUGGCGGCCAGGGAAUUCUACGAGGUCAGAAUGCUAGAGAAAUCAUCGCCGCGGCUGCGGAGAAGAGAUUGCGGAUUGAACGAGGCUGCGCCAGUGCGACAGACAAAGGGCGAAAGAUCGCACAGGAAGAAGCAAACAAGAAGGACAAGGUGACAACGACGAAAGCGGAACAAGAAGAUGAGAACGACGCUGCCAUGAUGCAAGCCUUCAUCGACCUGAUCCAAGAAGAGGAAAGUCAACUCUUCGGCAAAGGGUAUGUCCCACCCAGCCAGGAGAAUCCCGCUGGAGUGCGAGCCCGCGGCUACCCACCGGGUUCGAGGACGAAUGUGGUACCAUCCAUGGAUGCUCAGUCGCUCCGUGAACAACAACUUCAGAUCGAGCGACAACUGCAACAAAAUCGAGCCCUGGAAGCGCAGCAACGACGGCAGCAACAAGAUGUGUCUAAACCCAAAGCGCCGACCCACAAUCCUUUCACACCACCUCCCGAACCUCAGACCGCUGAGCCCGAAACAUGGACGUGCGAAGUCUGCACUCUCAUCAACCCAAUACAAUUCCUGAUGUGCGACGCCUGCGAAGCCGAACGACCCGCAAUCUACUCGAAGCCGACAAUAUCCAACCUUCACCCUCCCCAACCCGCAUCUUUGAUAUCGUCAUCCACAUCUAGAUCCACAUCGGUUGACAAAUCCAAAUCCCGUUCACGCUCGACACCAACUGCUCUGCAACCACGCCUGUCAGCCGCCGACUCACUGGCACGGAUAGAAGCCCAGGCCAACGCAAAAGUGCAAGCAAAACCGAUGGGCUGGACGUGCUACGGGUGUGGUAAUUGGAUGGAAAGCGAAUGGUGGACGUGCUCUGCAUGUGGGCGUAUGAAGGCAAGUUCUUGA